UUGAUUUUUGUCUAUUUUCUCAAUCGCAAGUUCAUUACUUAUGGCAUUGGCAAUUUAUUAAAUUGGGUGAUUCGUUUUGCUUUCCAAUGAUUAAUUCAACGUGAAAAAAGAUAGUCGAAUUUUGAAGAAAUAAGAUGGAUUCAUCAUCGACAGGAUUGGGAUGGACAGAAUGGCUAGAAGGAUGGUGUCGUUUGACAUGUGAGACACUCUUUCAGAAAAUCAAUGCUAGGCAUUUGGAGGACCCUUUGCCUUUGCCUCCUCUCAAUGGCCUAACUUGCAUUGUCACAGGAGCCACUAGUGGCAUUGGACUUGAAAUUGCUAGGCAAUUGGCUGAGUCAGGGGCAAAUCUUGUCAUGGCUGUGAGAAACACAAAUCUUGCUCAUCAACUCAUCCAAAAAUGGCAAAGAAAUGAAACAAACUCGAGGCCCCUAAGCAUCGAUAUUUUGGAGCUUGAUCUCUUCUCUCUCGAAUCGGUUGUAAAAUUCGCACAAGAAUUUAACUCAAGAUCAGAACCCCUGCAUGUCCUCAUCAACAAUGCUGGAAUCUAUUCUAUAGGACAGCCACAAAAAUUUUCCAAAGACGGGUACGAAACGCAUUUACAAGUGAAUCAUCUUGCCCCUGCAUUACUAUCUAUUUUGCUUUUGCCUUCUCUAAAAAGAGGCUCUCCAAGCAGAAUUGUCAAUGUGAAUUCCCUUAUGCAUGUCAUUGGCUUUGUUGAUUCCCAAGAUAUGAAUUUUCUAACGAAGAAGAAUAAAUUCGCGAGUCGAAAGGCUUACUCAAGUAGUAAGCUAGCACAAGUGAUGUUUAACAGUAUGCUUCAAAAACAUCUGCCUGCUGAUACUAAUAUUCACGUGAUAUGCGUAGAGCCAGGAGCUGUACGCACAAAUGUUAUGAGGGAUCUUCCAAGAAUUUUGAAUAUUCUUUAUCAGCAAAUGUUCUUUUUCAUGUUUGAUGCACAACAGGGUUCAAGAAGUGCACUUUUUGCAGCUACUGAUGCUGAUAUCUUGAAAUAUUGUCGUAAGUUGAAAGCAGAAGAGUGGCCUGUUUGUGUCUUCAUUGGUUGCCAUUGUUUGACGACGAAACCUAGCAAAGAAGCAUAUAAUGUGGGAACUUCUCAUCAAGUAUGGGACAAGACAUUGGAGAUGGUUGGCCUUCCUACAGAUGUUGUUGACAUGAUUCUUCAAGGAAAAGAAAUUCAUUGCCGAUAUGGGCCUAACAACGAUUGUGUGUUGGGCGGACCCACGCGGAGCCUUAUGGAUGAUCGAGCACCCAGUGCUUGUGACGCGGAACUUCUAUUUUAUGUGAACAACUAGUACGAAUCAACCAGAAUUAAGUCACAUGUAGGAACAAAAUAGUUUGUAUCUCUGUUCAAAUCAGCCAAGACAUAGUCCCACUCAACGGCUAGUCCUCUCACAUAUAAGACCUGAAGACAAUGGAGGAAGCAUACAAGUCUACCCAGCAAAUCACUCUUAUUCAAAGCAUUGUAUUUGAUUCUAAUAGAUUUACUUUGUUCACAAAAAACAAGGGAGAUAGCUCAUAGUUGAAAAAGUGAGUGUUUCGGUUGGAAAGUGCAAGAUCAAUGUUUUUUUUUCCCUCUCCUUUAACUAUUCGCUCACAUUUUUAACUUUUUCGCCUUUUCAUUUUCACUUUCUUUCUCAAUUUCGUGACCCAUUCUUCUCCAAAAAUGAAUUGGUCUUUUUCAUUUUCUUCUUUUCUUUAAUUUCUUUCCCUCCAAACCCCAUCAACCCAAAACAAACAAAAGCCCAUCUUUUCCGAUUGUAGGAAAUUUGUACAUGGUUUAAACUUUUUUUGCAAUUAAAUAAAAAUAUUUAAUUUAUAUUUAAUCUAAAGCUAAUAUCUUUGCACUGAGGUGUGAUUUU